AUGCCAAGUGACGGUCCUCCCAAGGGAAAUGUGACACACAGAAAGCCAGAGACAGAUUUAAGUGUCUUUGAAGAAGACCCCCCGAUGGUCCCAGCAAUUCACAUAACACCGUCGAUGCCGGGAAAUUGGGAAAAUGCUGCAACUCAACCCCGAGAACAACACCUUGCAUAUCCUAAAAACGGUUGCAUCACUACCAAACCAGUGGGAGAGCUGAUAACAAUUCCCCCCCCAACACACAAUGAAGCCAAGCCAGUUAUGGAACGUGCAGCCUUAACAUUAUCUCGUGGUACAUAG